AUGGCUGCACUUCUUCAGUUUUUUCUAGUUUUCAAUAUUCUCCUACUCUUCUUUGGGAGCAGCUCUUUGAUGAUGAUGAUGAUCGUAGUAGGCAACAAUGAGACAGAUCGAUUUGCUUUGCUGGAGUUGAAGAAACAAAUUUAUGAUGAUCCGUAUGGAGCACUCAGUUCUUGGAAUGAUUCCAUCCAUUUCUGCAAUUGGGUUGGGAUCACAUGUGGUCAUCGUCAUCGACAACGGGUUAUCAGCUUGGAUUUACAAGGGAAAAGCUUGGGAGGUAACAUUUCUCCUUCCAUAGGGAAUCUCACUUUUCUUCAUUCCCUCGACAUGGGAAACAAUAGCUUCCAUGGCAAAAUCCCACAAGAGAUCGGAAAUCUGAUUCGACUACAGUAUAUUGUUUUUCAAAACAACACUCUCGAAGGAGAACUUCCUUCCAGCUUGGCCAACUGCACUCAUCUAAGAGAAAUUCGCUUCUCUUAUAACAACCUUGUCGGGAAGAUUCCAAUUGAACUAUUUACGCCUUUGUCAAAGCUGGAGGUAAUUUCCAUUAAUUAUAAUGGUUUAACAGGAGAAAUACCAUCUUCUCUUGGAAACAUUUCCUCCAUCCGACGUAUCUCUUUGAGUUAUAAUGAACUGCAAGGGAGCAUUCCAGAAACCUUUGGUCAGCUAACAAACUUAUUCUUUCUAGCACUUGUUCUAAACAAGUUAUCUGGUAUGUUUCCUCUCUCACUAUACAAUCUCUCAUCUCUUGAAAAAAUUGGCCUUACACAAAACCAACUACAUGGGAGCCUUCCACGAGACAUAGGCCUCACUCUUCCAAAUCUCAUAGAACUAGAUAUUGGAGCGAACCUUUUCUCAGGGAGAAUUCCAAAUUCCAUCUCCAAUAUUUCAACACUUGAAACAAUUGAUCUCGGUGAAAAUAGUUUUGUUGGACCCGUCCCUAACAACUUAGCAAAUCUUCAAAACCUUCAAUGGUUCAGCAUUGAAGAAAAUCAAUGUGGAACAGGGGAAGCUGAUGAUUUAGAUUUUGUAAAUUCUUUGGUCAAUUGUACAAAUCUAGAGAUGUUACAAUUAGACACCAAUGGUUUUAAGGGUCUCCUUCCCAACUUUAAAGCCAAUGUCUCAACACAACUCUCAAUACUUCUUUUGGGAGAGAAUCAAAUAUCUGAAACCAUUCCUGUUGGGAUUGAGAAUCUCGUCAACUUGACCUUUUUGGACUUGGAGGGGAACUUUCUUGAAGGUAAUAUUCCGUCUGUCGUAGGAAUGCUUCCGAAGCUUCAAAGAUUAUUCUUGGAUGGAAAUAGACUUUCAGGACAGAUACCUUCCUCUAUAGGCAAUCUCACUCUUUUGUAUGAACUCCAUUUAGAAGGAAACAACUUGAAUGGAAGCAUCCCUUCCAGCAUUGGAAAUUGUCACCAGUUACAGCCCAAUACCUAA